AUGUGGCCCAAUCUGUUUUGGGGAUUCGACGCCUACGAUGGCUCCAACUUCAACGCCUUUCCUAUUUAUUUCCCCACCGAAUUCAUGCAGACCGAGCCUCGAGAUCAGUCAUCUUGUCAGCAGCUAUCCAUGGAGCAAGCUACGGAGCCAAGCAUGAAUCCUGAUCAAGAAGACAUUGUCGAGGGGGGAGAGAACUACGGCGAACUUUCCAACCAGCAAGAAACUGUACCAUCUUUUGAGAAUGCAGAUCAGAAUUUGUCCAGGCUAGAAAUGAGUACUCUGGCUCGCGAGCUCAAGGAGAAAGUCAAGCAAAGCAGGGCACUCAGGCAGAGCGUGAACAACGCAGCUGAGCAGCAACCAUCUACCAAGCCCCAACCAGUACAACAAGAAGUCCAGGAUCUGAUAAAUGAUAUCCUCAAGUCCCAAGAUCAAGACGACAACCUCAAGAAUCCAUCCAAACUGACCGGACCCCAGGACGAUACCGAGACUGAGAAACCAGCUUCGACACUUCCCACUACUCCUAGGACAAUCAAGGAAUCGCCCUUGUCAACAUACUCGAUCCCAGUCUACUGCCCAGCAUCACCCGAGGGGCGCACGCACAUCCCAGACGAAAUCUUGGAUAACGCCCCCAAAGGCCCAAGGCACACCCACAGAGGCCAAGUCCAAAUGUUCUGCAACGGGGAGUGCGGCAGGCGGGAAACGGACAAAGCAAUGCCCGCCAUCGAGCCCAGCGACAAGACCGAGGAGACCGAAGGCGCCACGGCCGUCAGGAUCCCACCGGUGGCCACAGACGGAGACCUGGAGCAGGACGUCAUCAUGUGGCUCCGGCACACGGGCUUCUACGACAAGGCGAAGCGCACCGACGCCUUGGCCCGAUGGAAGCAGCUGGCCAAGAUGGAGCAGGGGCUGGCCAGGCCCCAGCAGGAUCACCAAGAAGCUGGAGUGGCUCUGGCCAGCGCCUCUCAAGGGUCCAAAGAGGCCGGUAUGGGAACAAGGCCCGGUCCUGACGCCGACUGCCCGCCAGUUUGCAGACCGGAGCAGGGCGGCCCAGGCAGCAGCCAAGCGGCUUUGUCAUGCAAGAGCAAGCAGUCCACAGACAUCCAGCGGGCAACUUUGGCAGAGACCAGGGGAGGCAGCCUCCGAGAUCGAGCGGCAAAUCAACAGCCGUCCAAGAAAAGCGACCGCGGCCGCUGUGCCCGGCGCCAUCGCUCAUCGAGCCCCCGAGGACGAUCUGGAAGCCACAAGUCUCGACGAGCCACCACCGAUAGUCCUGUAUCACGAUCGACAACCAAAAGCACGCCAUCCCGAGCUCGCCAGCCAGGCCACAGGGACUAUAGAGAAUACAGAGAUGACAGAAACCGCGAUACCAAGCCGCGGAGCCCGCUCGUCUCUUGUCGUGCUGCAGUGGCCUUUAAUCCCGGCGUUAAAGGAGCUCCCCUUGUCCGACAGCGCUUUAGACCACGGCAGACGAAUACUGACCUGCAACACAAGGCUCGUAUUGUCGGCGCACCACCGCGGGACAUGGAAUCGAAUAUAAAAGAAAGACAAAACCACGACCCAGAACGCCAGUCAGGCCAAUUCGGCAUCCGAUGGCUGUGCACGUCGCCCUUGGCGCUGCAAAACACCAAGAGCCUGCGCAACUCCUUUGACGACCUCAAGCCAGUCCUGCUGGGCAGAGACGGCCAAGAGAUGGACGACUACUGCGGCCGGGACCUCCUGAGGCUGAUGGACGCCAGCGAGCGUGGCCUGCAUCGUCCAUGA